UGUGGGGUCAGUCCCAGCAGAGACACAACAGGCGGAGUUUGCAGUGUCAUAGACGUGCUGUUUAUAUCAUCGUAAAGCAUUAUUAGGCUUACCUGAGGAGCGGACCAACAGGUAGAGAAGUGUACCUGGGUAUUCAUUCUCAUACGAGCCUAUUUUGACAACCUGUUCGGCCAUUAGAAGCAAACACAGUGGCGAAUAGUGAUAAAGUGGCAAUGUCUCUCAUCGUUAUGGUGUGUUCGACGUAAACAGUGAAUAGGAAUAGUACUGAAAUCUACACGAUAUUUCAAGUUCAUCAUACUAUCGACAGCUUCGCGAUGGUGACCCAGCUUAUAUCCGGCAUCGCCUACGGCAUUCAGGCUGUGACCUUGCCUGGCAGCCCCACCGCCAUCCCUGCCCCCCUCCCCUCCCCUUCCGCCAGCACCAGACUCUACCUGGAGUUCUCGUGCCAAAAUGAGCUCAUUGGGAGGACAGUCUUGAAGCUGGUAGAUUUCGGCAGGCUAGGACGCGAGUUCGACCUCCUGGUGACGGGUCGACUCGGGUACGGCUACAAGGGGUCAAGAGUGUACGCCUGCUGUAGGAACGAGUGGUGUUUGAUGGGGGACCUGAUCUACGACGCCCCCGCCCCGCCCGUGAAGCCUCUGCAGGACUGGGACUGCAGGAGCGCCCUCCCUUCUCAGCCCCCAGAACCGGGGUCUUCCGAGGGAGAGGCAGACGACGGGGCGUUCCUCCCGCGAAAGUUACACCGGGGCUACGGAGGGCUGCCCGAGUGCGAGAAGUCUACCCUGGGCGACGCCGUGGGGUCCGUGGUCCUCGUCGGGUCGGACCUGGACAUGAGCACCGGCGUCUGGACUCUGGGGCCGCAGUUCAAGAUCUGCCUCAGCGAGUCACUCAUACAGUCAGGGCGUGUGGUGGCGCAGGUGGAGGACGGGAUGGGCGUGGUCUCGAGGCUCUCCCAGAUGAGCCUCAAAGGAGACUUUGCUCCGACGCACAGGAUCACCAUCAGCGACUGUGGCUCCUGCUGACGCUCGCGAGGUCAAUCCUACUGACCUGUGUUGCUUCUACUGACCCGGCAGUCGUGGUCAUUUGAGCAAUAUCAUUUUAAUUAGUCGUAAUAUAUUUUUUAGAAUUUA